GUUCUGGAGAGGUGCACCUCACCCAGACCAAUCCCAAAAUGGCACUGCCCCCUAGCCCCCUGGCCAUGGCAUACGUUAAUGACUUUGACCUGAUGAAGUUUGAGGUAAAGCGGGAGCCUUCUGAAGGGCGAUCUGGUCCCCCCACAGCCUCUCUGGGUUCCACACCUUACAGCUCAGUACCUCCUUCACCCACUUUCAGUGACACAGACAUGGUGGGGGGCAGCGAGGGCACCAGGCCAGGCCUGGAGGAGCUGUAUUGGUUGGCCACCCUGCAGCAGCAGCUGGGGACUGGGGAUGUGCUGGGGCUGAAUCCUGAUGAAGCCAUGGAGUUGCUGCAGGGUCAGGGUCCAGUCCCUGUUGAGGGGCCCCACAGCUACUACCCAGGGAGCCCAGAAGAGACAGGAGCCCAGCACGCCCAGCUGGCCGAGAGGUUUUCGGACGCAGCGCUGGUGUCCAUGUCCGUGCGCGAGCUGAACCGGCAGCUGCGGGGCUGCGGGCGCGACGAGGCGCUGCGGCUGAAGCAGAGGCGCCGCACGCUCAAGAACCGCGGCUACGCGCAGGCCUGUCGCUCCAAGCGGCUGCAGCAGCGGCGCGGGCUGGAGGCCGAGCGCGCCCGCCUGGCCGCGCAGCUCGACGCCCUGCGCGCAGAGGUGGCCCGCGUGGCCCGCGAGCGCGACCUCUACAAGGCGCGCUGUGAUCGGUUGGCCUCCGGGGGCCCCGGGGCCGGGGACCACACCCACCUCUUCCUCUGA